AUGUCAUACGAAAAAUUACCAUUAGAUGAAUUUUAUAAAACAAUUGAUGAAUUAAAACCUCAAUUUAUUCAAAGAUUAAAGAAAGCAAUUGCAAUUCCUUCAGUUUCUUCAGAUGAAAAUUUAAGACCAAAAGUGGUUGAUAUGGCUCAUUUUUUAGUUGAUGAAUUAAAAGCGUUGGGAGCUCAAGAUAUUCAAUUAAAAGAGUUAGGUGUUCAACCACCUCCAGUUUCAAAUCCAAAUAUCAAAUUACCUCCCAUUGUUCUUGGUAGAUUUGGUAAUGAUUCAAAUAAAAAGACAAUUCUAGUUUAUGGUCAUUAUGAUGUUCAACCUGCUGCAAAAGAAGAUGGAUGGGCUACUGAACCAUUUGAAAUGUAUCAUGAUAAAUCUAAAGAUAUUUUAUAUGGUAGAGGUACAACUGAUGAUAAAGGACCUGUUAUUGGUUGGUUAAAUGUUAUUGAAGCUCAUAAAAAAUUGAAUUUAGAAUUACCAGUUAAUUUAUUAGUUUGUUUUGAAGGCAUGGAAGAAAGUGGUUCAUUAGGUUUAGAUGAAUUAGUUGCAAAAGAAGCUAAUGAAUAUUUUAAAAAUGUUGAUCAAGUUACAAUUAGUGAUAAUUAUUGGUUAGGUACUACAAAACCAGUUUUAACUUAUGGUUUAAGAGGUUGUAAUUAUUAUCAAAUUAUAAUUGAAGGUCCUGGUGCUGAUUUACAUUCUGGUAUAUUUGGUGGUAUUAUUGCAGAACCAAUGACAGAUUUAAUCAAUGUUAUGAGUAAAUUAGUUGAUUCACAAGGUAAAAUACAAAUUCCUGGUGUUUAUGAUAUGGUUGCGCCUUUAACUAAAGAAGAAGAUGGAUUAUAUGAUGAUAUAGCAUUUUCAGUUGAAGAAUUAAACGCAGCUUCAGGCUCAAAAACUUCAUUACAUAAUAAUAAAAAAGAUAUUUUAAAACAUAGAUGGAGAUUUCCAAGUUUAUCAUUACAUGGUAUUGAAGGUGCAUUUUCAGGUUCAGGAGCUAAAACAGUUAUUCCUGCUAGAGUUGUAGGUAAAUUUUCAAUUAGAACUGUACCAAAUAUUGAAAGUGGAAAACUUGAUCAAUUAGUUUUUGAUUUUAUUACUAAAGAAUUUGAAAAAUUACAAAGUCCAAAUAAAUUUAAAGUUGAAUUGAUUCAUGAUGGUAAUUAUUGGGUUUCUGAUCCUUUUAAUUCAGCUUUUCAGGCAGCUUCAAAAGCAACACAAGAUGUUUGGAAUGUUGUACCAGAUUUUACAAGAGAAGGUGGUUCAAUUCCAAUUACAUUGACUUUUGAAAAAGAAUUGGGUGUUGAUGUUUUAUUAUUACCAAUGGGUAGAGGUGAUGAUGGUGCACAUUCAAUUAAUGAGAAAUUAGAUAUAAGUAAUUAUAUUCAAGGUUGUAAAACAUUGGGUGGAUUUUUACAUUACUAUUCUAAAACAUAA